UUGGCCACAUCUGGAACACCAUCAAUCAGAAAUCGCACCUUUGCAAGAUUGCGAGGUAGGAUUGUUGAUCGGAUACAACUGCUCACAAGCUCUUCUCCCGAGAGAGAUUGUGUCAGGCAAGGAAGGCGAGCCAUACGCUCAGCGCACCGAUAUUGGUUGGAGUAUAGUUGGACAUACCAAUCCCUGCCUAAACUAUGGAGAUGCGAUUGGAAUUAGUCAUCGCAUUAUUGUCAAGAAAGUCAUCCCAGAGCUUAAGCCCUCUCUAAAGCUUCAGAACAAAGUCCACUAUGUCAAUAGGACAACAGUAAAGGACAUCACCCCUUCGGACAUUAUCAAAGCACUUGAAGGAGACUUCUCUGAAAGAGCCAUUGAGGGCAACCCUGUGUCACAAGAAGAUUUAAAGUUUCUCACAAAACUCAAAGAAAACAUCACACAGAAUGAGAGCGGCCACUCUGAGAUGCCACUACCGUUUCGUGACGAAAGACCCACAUUACCAGACAAUAGAAUAUGUGCAAUGCAUCGCCUAAAGUGUCUGGAAAGGAGAUUAAAGAAAGACAAAUCAUACUACAAUGAUUACACAAACUUCAUGGAUGACAUCAUCUCAAGAGGAGAUGCUGAAAGAGUCCAUGACGAAGAGUUGAAUAACACUCCUGCAUGGUAUAUCCCCCAUCAUGGGGUCUAUCACCCACACAAACCCGGAAGGAUCAGAGUAGUAUUUGAUGCCUCGGCCAAGUACCAGGACACUUCUCUCAAUGACCAUCUCUUAACCGGUCCUGACCUGACAAACGCAUUGGUUGGUGUUCUUUGUCGUUUCCGCAGAAGUUCUGUCGCAUUCAUGUGUGAUAUAGAGCGGAUGUUUCACCAGUUCCAUGUCACAAAAGAAGACCAGGAUUACUUAAUAAAAAAAAAUUUCUUUGGUGGCAGAAGGGAGAUUUGGAAGCAUCACCAUUAGUUUACCGUAUGAAGGUCCAUCUUUUUGGAGCAGCGUCUUCUCCAGGCUGUGCCAACUUUGGCCUGAAACACCUCGCGGCCCAAGGACAAGGUCAAUUCAGAGAAAACACCAUACACUUCAUACAGAGAACCUUUUAUGUUGAUGACGGUUUGGCAAGCAUUCCUACUGAAAGGGAAGCCAUUCAGCUCAUCAAAGACUCAAGGGAGCUCUGUUCCAAAGGAAAGUUAAGACUCCAUAAAUUUGUGUGUAAUAGUGAGAGAGUUAUGUCCACUAUUCCAGAAGAAGAGUUUGCCACAGUGAAAGACCUUGACCUGUCUCUAAGUUUACCACGCAUUGAAAGAACUCUUGGAGUUGAAUGGUGCGUCACUUCAGACACUUUCAAAUUCAGAGUUCAAGUCAAGUUGAACCCCCUUACAAGAAGAGGUGUACUUUCUACUGUCGCCUCCAUUUACGAUCCCCUGGGGUUUAUUGCACCGUUCGUCCUCUUUGGAAAGAAGAUUCUCCAGCAAAUGUGCAAGGAUAAGGUUGGGUGGGACCACGAGCUUCCAGAGCACUUAAAAUCCCAGUGGGAAUCCUGGAUUAAAGACUUUCCAAGUUUAGCCAACAUGCAGAUUCAAAGAUGUUUAAUUCCUACAGAUUUUGGUUAGGUUAAAAGCUACGAGUUUCAUCACUUCGCAGACGCCAGUGUCAAUGGAUAUGGUGCUUGUAUUUACCUGCGAAUCAUUAACCAAUCAGAUCAAGUUCAUUGUUGUUUGGUAAUGGCCAAGUCAAGAGUCACACCUACUAGUGUCACAACUAUCCCGCGACUCGAACUCUCAGCAGCAGUUGUUGCAGUUAGAGUCAGUGAUCUACUCAGGGCAGAACUUGAAAUCCCAGACAUUGCAGAGUUUUUCUGGACAGACUCCACCGUUGUUCUCGGCUACAUAAAUAAUGAUGCCAAAAGGUUUCAAGUCUUCGUAGCGAAUCGGAUACAAAGGAUCAAGUCAAGCACAAGGCCAGAACAAUGGGCGUAUGUCGCAUCAGAGCAGAACCCUGCAGACUACGUUUCUCGAGGCUUAACCGCAGAACAACUGAAGUCCUCUGAAUGGUUUGAGGGGCCAGCAUUUCUCUGGGAGAAGAACAUUCCUGAUAGAGAUGUCAAGGUGGGAGAGAUCAGGGAAAAUGAUCCAGAACUUCGCAAAGCCUCUGUGUAUACCAUCAAUGCAAAGGAAGAGCAAACUAUUUUCAGCAGAUUUGAGAAGUUCUCAGAAUGGUCCAGAUUGAUAAGAGCAUUUGCAAUCUUGAGAAGAAAGGUCAAGGAACACAAAGGUGAUAUACAAAGGACCAAAGAAAGUACAACUUUGGAAGAGAGAAAACAAACAGAACUGGUUGUCAUCAAAAUUGUUAAAGAGAAAGCUUUUGCAGAAGAGAUAAAGAGUCUAAAAUCAAAGAAAACAGUUUCCAAGACCACAAAUCAUAAACUGUACAAACUAAGUCCAUUUCUGGACGAAAAAGGAAUCCUCAGAGUGGGUGGACGUUUGGGUCAAGCUGUACUACACCCGCAUGUAAAACAUCCAGCCAUACUUCCCAAGGACAGUCAUAUUUCAACUUUGCUGAUCAGACAUUUUCACUCGAAGGUUCAACAUCAAGGUCGUGGAAUGACUAUGAAUGAGUUGCGUGCAAAUGGUUGGUGGAUUCUUGGGAGCAGCCGUGCAGUUUCAUCAUACAUCUUCUAAUGUGUCAGAUGUCGCAAAUACAGAAGGAAAACGGAGCAUCAAAGUAUGGGAGAUUUGCCAGUAGAACGAACGGAGCCUACCCCGCCUUUCACUUAUGUCGGAAUGGAUUGUUUUUUGAACCAUAUACGUCAAAGAUGGACGAAAGGAGCUCAAGAGAUAUGUACUAACCUGUCUAUGUUCACGAGCCAUGCAUAUUGAAGUAGUAGACGACCUGAGUACAGACGCAUUUCUAAAUUUAUUGCAAUAAGAGGAAAUGUGCGUCAAUUGAGAUGUGACAGAGGAACCAAUUUCAUUGGUGCCCAGAGAGAACUCGCAGAUCUCAUGAAAGAAAUGAAUCAGGAGAAGGUAAAAGCACUUGGAUGUGAAUUUCUCCUGAUUCCCCCUUCGGCAAGCCAUAUGGGUGGAAUAUGGGAAAGACAGAUCAGGACCAUCCGUAGUGUUCUUUUAGCCAUCCUUGACCAGUCAGCAAAGAGACUCGACAGUACAUCCUUGAGAACCUUGUUGUACGAGGUCAUGGCGAUUGUCAACAGUAGGCCACUUUCCAUCGAGCAUUUAAGUGAUCCAACAGGUCCUGAGCCAUUAACGCCCAACCACAUUCUCACUAUAAGGUGACCAUUGUUCAACCUCCUCCAGGAGAGUUUAUGAAAGAAGAUUUGUAUCUUCAAAAAAGAUGGAGAAGAGUACAAUAUUUAGCCAAUGAGUUUUGGAUCCGUUGGAGGAAAGAAUAUUUGCUCAACUUGCAACCAAGACAGAAGUGAAAUGUACACAGAAGGAAUCUGAAGAUAAAUGAUGUAGUGCUUCUACAAGAUGACAUGACACCAAGUAAUGAAUGGAAGCUUGUCAAAGUCACUGAUGUCUAUCCAGGAACUGAUAAAAAAGUGAGAAAGGUUCGACUUUUGGUUAGUAAAAGGACAUAUGACAAACACAAUAAACUUGUGACUAAGACAGUCUCAUUAGAACGACCUAUUCAUAAGGUUAUUGUUUUGCUAGAAGCAGACUAAGGGUUUGUGUUUAUUUUCAUGUUCAGUUUGUCAGACUGAAUGUAAGUCAUAGAAAUCCCACAGUAAGAGUUGUGAGAUUGGUGGGAGUGUUACUGCCACAUUUUCGUUUCUAUUCAUUUUCUGUAUUUUUAUUAUUAUUACCGUUAAGUGCCACUAGGGGGCGCUGGAGCUUAAGAGUGAGCUUUGUAUGCAGAGAAGAGGUUAAUUUCCGCAGAAGAAGCGAUCUCUCAAGAGAAAGAAAAAUGCAUGACUAAAGCGUGGUCACUAAGCUAAGUCUAAGAGAAAUAAGAUAAACAAAAAGAAGAAGAAAAAGACUGAAACUAAUUCCUCUCUCGGUACUCAGCCAACGAGUUUUCACGGUGUGUUUAUGAUCCUGACUAAGCUGGAUUCAAUGAAUCCAUCAGUAUGAGAAA